UUUUACAGGAUGAUUGAGAAAGUGUAUAUUGUUUUCAACUAUGGGGGCAAUUGGGUAAUUUAUCCAAAGCUGGAAUACAAUAUAAAAUUUCAGCACACCUGGUAUUAUAAUACUUGCUUUGUUUGUUAUGAUAAUCUGUGUGAAGCUUUUACUUCCAAAUUUGGAUUUAGGGAAGUUCAACAAUUGUUGGUCACUGGUCCAUCUGGUACUUAUUAUGUAAUUGAAGAUAAUGAUGGAAUUAAGGCUCUUCAAUACUUAUUUUCAAAAGAUUUCAAGGUGAUAAAUUUUUAUGUUAUAGAUGCUCAUGAAUUGAGAGUUUCUGCCACAAAUAUCAUAUAUCAUACCGAAUCAUAUUUUGUGGAUGUUGAAGCUGCUACUGGUUGUGAUUAUAGUGAUGUGGAGGAUGAUACCCUUUAUGAAAUGGGCGACAAUUGUGAAAUUGUUGAAUAUAAUGCUGAAGUGCUUCAACAUUAUGAACAUGAAAAAGAGAGAGUUGUGAGUGAUGGACUUGAAAAGUUUAAGGAAUUAUAAAUGGGUAUGACCUUUAAGACUAUACAAGAAGCAAGGCAGGUUGUUAGGUUUUAUGCUAUGGCUAACAAAAAGAGUUGAAAACAAAAAAAAAGUGAUACAAAAAGAAUCAGGUAUGAGUGUUAUGAUGGUUGUCCCUUUACUCUUCUCAUAUCUAAGGAUGGAAAAUCAACAACAUUUAAGGUUAAAACAUUGAAGCCUAAGCAUACUUGUGGUGAUUCUUUUGUUAAUCCAUUGGCAACUUAUCUUACCUUGGCUGUUUAUUUUAAGGAUGAAGUUCAAAAUGAUCCAAAAUACCUUAUCAAAGACAUGAGAGGAAUUCUUGAAAAAAAGUUCAAGUUGAAUGUCUCAAGAUCCAAACUAAAAAGAGUCAAAACAAUGGCUCUUGAUAAGUUGGAAGGCAGUUUCAAAGAUGACUACAAUAGGCUUGAAGCUUAUGGUCAAGAACUUAGACAAUCAAAUCCAGGAUCUGAUGUGGUAAUUAAUAUCUCUAAAGAUGCACUUGAACAAGGCAUAAGAAGGUUUUUGAGAAUGUACAUUUGCUUCAAGGCUUUGAAGGAUGGAUGGAAAAGUUUAAGACCUAUAAUUGGUUUAGAUGGAACGUUUCUCAAAGGAAAAUGUAAGAGGCAACUAUUAGUAGUUGUUGGGCAAGACUCUAUGAAUCAUUUCUACCCAAUAGCUUGGGCGGUGGUGGAAAAGGAAAACAAAGGAACAUGGACAUGGUUUAUUCAGUCGUUGAGGAUUUCGUUGGAGCUUAAAAAUGGUGAAACUGUGACAUUUAUGUCCGAUAUGCAAAAGGUAGCUUUAAAAUAUAUUUUUUAUUUAUUGCCUUUUCUUUAUCUUUUUUCUUACCGUCAUUUAUUUCUUUUCGAUUUUAGGACCUGUUGGAUGUUGUAGCUAAUGUUCUUCCAGAAGCACACCAUAGGUUUUGUAUGAGGCAUAUAGAGUCUAACUGGUGCAAGAACUGGCGGAGUGGUGAAGAGAAAAAAUUAAUGUGGUGGUGUGCAUGGAGUACCUAUGAAGAAGAAUUCAAAGACACUUUGAAGGUGUUAGGAAAGGUGGAUGAAGAUUCAGCUGGUGAUCUUCUUCAUUUUCCUGCAAUUAAAUGGUGUAGGGCAUAUUUUGAUACUCAAUGUAAGAAUCUGAUGGUAGACAAUAACUUCACCGAGUCUUUUAACAGUUGGAUACUUGAAGCGAGACAUAAACCAAUCAUCAAAAUGUUGGAGGAAAUAAGAGUAAAGGUGAUGAAUAUGUUGGUGAAAAAUGAAAAAAUGGACAGAAAAUAGCAAAAUGAUAUCAGUCCAACGGCUAUGAAAUUGUACAAUGACUAUCGAUUAAUAGCUACCAAUUGUACAGUUGAGUUCAAUGGAGAUUAUGGUUAUGAAGUGAAAGAUGGAGACACGGACACACAUACAGUGAAUUUGGAGUUGAAGAAAUGCACUUGUAGAUUAUGGGACUUAGGUGGAAUACCAUGUCACCAUGCCAUCAAGGCACUUUUGCAUAAAAAGAAUGGAACCAUUGGAAGAGGUUCAUUACUGGUACAGAAAAGAGGCUUAUUUGUUAACAUACAAGCACAAGUUGCAACCAGUUAGGGGUUCUCAAUUCUGGAAAGUCGACCCUGCUCAAGCAAUGGAACCUCCAGAAAUGGUAAAACUUGUUGGCAGACCCAAGAUGAAAAGAAAUAGAGAAACUGAUGAGGCAAGUUUGAGAAAAGGAGCAUGGAAGCAGUCAAGAAAAGGAACUCUAAUGAGAUGCAACAAGUGUGGUGAUUUCAAUCACAAUGCUAAGGGAUGUUAUAAGGACCACGAAGAAGGUGAGAGUUCACACGAAAUAAAUAAGAAAGCAAGCAGUCAAGAGUCGAGGAGUCGAGCAGGAAAAAACUCUACAUGUAGUGCCACUAUAGUGUAUGAGAUAGAAGCUUCACCCCAACAUUUUCAGACGCAACACUCUACUGCAUAUGGUCCUGAGAUCGGGAAUGAAGAAGAUCCAACACUACGACCAAUGGUAAUUUCUGAGACAGAAACAAGGAUGGAAAAGAGGUCUCGAAUAUUUGAAGGAAUAAGAAGCAGGAAGAUUGUUUUUAAAGGAGAUGCAAGAGGAAUCUCGACCCCUUUGGAUCUACCAUAUUCACCAAAGAAGACUACUUGGAAGGGAAAGAAAGCAGUCACGACUGGUCAGUUACAAGCUGAAGUAAAGAAGAAAAGAGUGAAGCAAAUGGCAAUGAAGGGCAAACAACCCGUGGAUACUAAUGAUGAUCUAGUUUAGAAGUCAUUGUGUGGUUGAUAAUUUUUUGACAUUAGGUGGUUAUUUUGGAUUGUUUUCAGACAUGAUUAUGCUUUAAUACAUGAACGCAAUCGUGGUUCUUCGCCAACUAAAUUCUCUGCUUUUAUAGCUUUAGAUGAUGGUAGAAAUCAAACUAAUUUGAAAUGUGUCUAGUUCAACAAGAUUCAAUGAUGUGUUCAAGUUCUUACUCAUUUGGUUGUUCUCUUUAGUGAUGUAGUCUCAGAGAGUUUUAAGUUAAGAUUAUGAACAAUAUUCGAUAGCAGAAAAUAAAGCUGGGAAAUCAGAGGAUGGCUC